AUGGGGAUGACAGCUUUGAAGAAGAAAGCAGUCAAGGAUGCUGAAGAAGAUGUUGAGGAAACAGAAACAAUGGAAGAGGAGGAGGAGCAAGUUCCAAAGCCAAAAACAAAGGGAGAACAAGGAGCUUCGAAAAGGAAGAUUGAUUCUGAUGAUGGGAAACAAAAGGGAGAGAAGGAGAAAGUUGUUAGGGCCCCAAAGGAAGUUAGCCAGAACAAAAAAAAGGGAAAGAAAUCUGAUCAAUCUGAAGAAUCUGAAGAGGCUGCUUCAAAGAAGAAAAAGACCACAAAAAUUAAGGAGAAAUCUGAAGCAGUGGUUGAAGAAAACAAAGAUGCUGAUUCGGAUGAAGGUGAAGACGAGGAACAAAAUCAAAGCACGAACUUAAUCGUAAAACGUCUGACAUCAUCAAUUGAAAAUCCAUACAUGCACACUGUUCGUGAGCCACAUGCUCAAGAUGAUAAUGCUGAAAAAGACCUUCCGACAAGUGAAGUUGCUAUCGAGGUCGAUAAAAAAGCCGAAGAAGAUGAAGUUUUAGUAGGUUUUGGCUUUGAAUCAGCUAAGAAUGCUUAG